AUGGCCCCCAAAAGAUCAGCAUCAAGCACGGCCCCGCAAGCCGCCGCAAAAUUGGCCCUGAUCAUCACCAAGCUCAGCGCCAUCGCCUGCGUCCUGACCCUCCUCAUAUGCGGCACCAGCCUCCUCCGAGGAAGCCAUCCAGGGAGAAACGCCCUCCUCGGCACUUCUUUCUCAAUGGUCUCGUUCUCCGGCAUCGCAGCCAAAGCCGCCGGCUCCGCCCCUCCCUACGUGACUACUAUGCACUGGUUCAUGAACUCGUUUGGCUGGGAAUGGCUUCAGCCCACCACGGAGCUCGACGCCGCCAACUAUCUCUUCGUCCAGCCCACCCGUCCACUGCAGAUGCCACGCGCGCUGCAUGACGUUGCCGACGCGCUGUACCGCGCCGGCCACAUGUUGGACACCUGCCAGUCGGCGUCGGCCACCGAGACGUGCAUUCGCGCCAGCAAGCCCUUCUUCGCAGCCUUCGACUCCGUGUCACCCAUCAAUCUGAACAACACUCCGGCCUUCGUCUUUUACCUCUUGGCUCUGAUCGUCGAUGUUGCCUCGCCCGCUGUCUUCAGCUGUCUCGGUUUCUUCUCAGAUGGCGGCGUCGAGAGGCGUCAGCCGUGGCUCAGGACCGGUGCGCUGGCACUACCGGCCGCUUUUCACGUCAUCUCGGCCUCAAUCUUGACGUUCAACGCCAGCGCUCUCGUCGCGUAUCUUAAUCAGUUUCCGCAGAUUCCCGCCAACGCCACUAUUGGGUUCCGCUUCCUCAUUGUCUCCUGGUGCGGUGUCAUCGCGGAGAUGCUGGCGGUCGUCCUCAGUGUCAUCCGCGUGUUCUUGCUACAGCUCCAACAAGUCAAGCGCAAAUCGCAGAAUGUCAGAAGCAUUCCGUCCGGGUCUCGGAUGAAAGCAGAGCAUUAUCAAGAACUCUUCAGCAUCUCCCAGGCGCUCUCCGGCCCCGCGAGCACGAAGAUGGUCUACUGCAUCAACCUAAUCCAACACCGCCCGCCAGGUGCUCUCCUCGCCUUCUUCAUCUGGAGCCUCCCGGGCGCGCUGGGCAUGCUGGCCCUCUCCAUCGGCGUCUCCAACAUCGGCUCCUCGCUCCCCCGCGCCGUCUACGCCCUCCUCUCGGGCCUCAACGCCGCGACGGUCGGAAUCAUCGCCCUCGCGGCCGUCGAGCUCUCGCACAAGGCCGUUACGGACAAACUCACCCGGACGCUCGUCUUCCUCGGCGCCGCCGCCGGCAUGAUGUACAACGCCCUGUGGUACUUCCCCGUGCUGAUGGCCGGGGCCGGGUGUGCGGCGGUCGUCCACGACUACCGCUGGGUCCACCGGCCUGCGAGGAGGGUGGUCGGCAUGGCCAGAGCUUUACUUGGGAAGAGGAACCGGUCCGAGAGGCAAGCAGUAGAACUCUCGGAGAAUGUGGGUGAAAGGGGUGGUCGAACGGCAGCAGCGGCCCCGGCCCCGGAACACCGCGAAUCCCGGGAUGAGCCAACGUCCGCGGCUGCCAGCCGGCCGGACGACGAGCCCCGCAUCAUCCCGAAAGAGUUCCGCCUAGACUUCUCCUGGAAAUCCGGCACCGCCAUCAUCCUCACCUUCUUCGCGAGCUUCAUCGCCGUGAUGAUCGUCCGCGGCGUGGUCAGCGACCUACCCAUCCUCUACAGGCUCUUCUCCAACCUCUACCUCGCAGGCACCAUCAUCUUCGGCGGCGGCCCGGUCGUGAUCCCCCUGUUGCGGGAAUACAUCGUCGCGGAGGGCUGGGUAUCCCCGCGCGACUUCCUCAUCGGCCUCGCCAUCGCCCAGUCCUUCCCCGGGCCCAACUUCAACUUCGCCGUCUUCCUGGGCGGCCUGACGGCCCUCAACGCGGGGAACUCCCCCGUCGCCGGCGCGGUGAUCGCGUUCGUGGGCAUCUUCACGCCCGGCAUGGUCCUCGUCCACGGCACGAUGGGCGUCUGGGGCGCGCUGCGCAGCAGGCCGUGGGUCAAGGCCGCCGUGCGGGGCGUGAAUGCCGCGGCUGUCGGGCUCAUCUACACGGCCGUCUACCGCAUCUGGCAGGUCGGCUACCUCGACGAGGGGUUCCAGUCCGGGAGGAGCCUGGGGGAUGAUCCGUGGUGGGUGGUGGUUACGGCAACGGCGUAUGUUGGGGGGCGGUACUACGGCAUCGCUGCCCCGUUUGCGAUUCUGCUUGGGGCGGCCAUGGGGUUGGUUCGCAAUAAUAAUGACUACAAUGAAUACACCAAGGACGACGACGACGACGACGACAACAACAAUAACAACAAUAAGGACGACAACAACGAGGGCAACAACAACAAGGGCAAUAACAAUGGACGACAGCAACGAGGACGACGGCAAUAA